GCUGGGUCGGGCUCAGCUGUCCGCCGGCGCGUAGGAUCGGCGCCUUUGGCUUCCCCGCCAGCCAUGGAGAGGCUGACCUUGCCUCCUGGCGGCGCGGCGGCGGUGGACGAGUACCUGGAGUACCGGAGGUGCUGGUUUUAGGAGAAAGGCACCGACUGGUGUUCGGCGUUCCUUCGAAACUGGAAACGUAGCUGCUCCUUUGGCCUGAGGACACCGUUCAUUGUCCUGAGUCCUGACCAAGGCUGGUGUACCUGCGGCGACUCGCUCUUUUCCCACUUCCUGGGGUUUUUGUGGUCGCGAACCUGGGCGGAUGUGAAGUCCUGGGGAGGACCGGCAGAGGACGCGGACUUGUGGCGGGAGGAUGUAUGUGUACAAGCAGAGGGGAGAUGCUGCAGGCUUUGCCGGGACGCUGGAGCGAGAGACAGGGCCUCCUCUGUGGGAUCGUGGGCAGCCCGGAUGACCCUGAGAAUUGUUGGUGAGGAUGAUGGAGGGAAACUUUUUACUCCUGAAGAAUAUGAAGAAUACAAAAGAAAAGUUUUACCUCUGCGCCUACAAAACAGAUUAUUUGUGAGCUGGCGGUCACCAACUGGGAUGGAUUGUAAACUUGUGGGCCCAGAGACACUGUGUUUUUGUACACAUAGGUAUAAACAACAUAAAACUGACUUGGAAACGAUUCCCGAGCAGCGCCCCAUUGAUCUGCCUUGCCGAGUGACUGGCUGCCAGUGCAGGGCUUACCAUUAUGUCCCCUUGAAUGGUACCCAGCCCAUUCGCUGCAGGUGCAAACACUUUGCUGAUCAGCACAGUGCUGCGCCUGGCUUUACAUGCAAUGCAUGUUCCAAGUGUUCCGGAUUCCAUAGCUGCUUCACUUGUGCUUGUGGUCAGCCUGCAUAUGCCCAUGACACAGUCGUGGAAACUAAGCAAGAAAGAUUGGCUCAGGGAAAACCAGUGGGACAGGAUGUUCCUUCUGCAGCCAUGGGAGGAUUAACUGGUUUCAGCUCGCUGGCAGAAGGCUACAUGCGAUUAGAUGACAGUGGUAUUGGUGCACCUUCAGUGGAAUUUUUAGAAUCUCCCACUAUGGCAGUAGCUCACCCAUUCCUAAAAGCAUUUCAAGCAUCAUCUAGUUCUUCUCCAGAAACGUUAACAGAUGUAGGUACAAGUAGUCAAGUUUCUUCGAUAAGGAGACCUGAAGAGGAUGAUAUGGCUUUCUUUGAAAGACGAUACCAGGAAAGGAUAAAAAUGGAAAAGGCUGCUAAGCAGAAAGGAAAAGCUCCAUUGCCAUCAGCUACAAAACCUUCAUGAAGACUGUUGGAGAAAUUCAAACCAUCGUCCAAGUUUAUCUUUUUCAUGUUUAUAUAAAUGUAGUAAUACAGUUUAUUUUUCCUCAAAUUAUUUACUUUUUUCCUGUAUAAAUGUCUUUUGUAGUGUCUCCUUAAUUUAUCUAAAUAACUAAAAAUGCCUAUUACUUCUGUCAAAACUCAUGAUUUGUUACUAUGUGUAUACAUUUUCUCUCUCCUAACAAAUGAGAUUAUUUUAUAUGGGUCUACCUGAGAGUACAGCAAAUAUUUUUAGCACAUAAUAAUUUAACUGUUUCAGGCUAUUUAAAAAAUUAAAGAUAUUAUCAAGGGUUCUGAACAAAUACAUAAGAGCCAUGUUUGUCAUACAAAAUAGUAAGUUAAAAACAAAACAAAGAAUAAAAUAGCUAAAAUCGUUAAUUUUUUUAUUUUUCAAAGUUUGUAAUAUUUUUAAAUAAAAAAGUAUCUUAAAAUCAUACUGCCAUUUUUUCGUGAUAUUACUGAUUCUUUUUUCUUUUUUUAAAAUCAGAUUUUAUUUUUUAAAUAUCACAUUUACAGAGAAUUUUCAUUUUAAAUAUUUAUAUUUACUAAUUUUAAUUUGUAUUUUUUUAUUGCCUUCCAGAAAUGCUAUGCCAUAUUAUAGUCUCAUAAAUACUGGAUUGUGUCUGUUUUAAAACCUUAAACCUUACAAAAAUGAGAAAUGCCCUGCUUUUUCUUUUUUAAUGCAAAUGGAAUUGCUCUCUGAAUUUCACAACUUUUUUUCACUCAGUAUAGCGUAUCUUAAAUUAAUAAAUUUACAUUUACCCCACAAUUUUUAGUGCGUGUUCAGAGUUCCAUUAUGUUAAUAUGCCAUAGUACACUUAGCUUAUCCAUUCCUUUAAGAUAUAAGAUUCUUUUUUUUCAAUCAUCUGUCUCAAGUCAAAGAUAUCUACUGAUUUUUAAGUUGUAUUGUCAACUACCCAUUGUCUGUAACUGCACUGGACACAUCUUGUGUGCCACUGCAAAUCAUCUUGGCCCAUUUAUGUCUUACUGCAUUACUACUGUGAACACUUUCCAGGAGGUUUCUGAUACUGGAAGCCAUUUGAUGGCCAGUCACCCGUAGCAGCGGCCAACUCAAUAAUAAUAUAUUCCUAUGUUAGCUUUCUCUUUUUUCCUUUUCCACUCCUCUGCUCCUCCCUCUGGUUCCCUCAGAUCACUUCCCAAAUAAAUUGCUUGUAUAAUAACA